CCCCACUUGCAGUUCAAGGCUAUUGGUUAUAAUUUCUUCAAGAGAAGACGGUUAUUAGAGCUGGUUUCACGCGUCUUUCCCAAGAUUUGGCCAAAUCAGAUGAUAAUCAAUAGUUUGGGCCUGGCAUCACUGUUCCCAAUGGAGUGAAUCAAGCAAGUCAAGCCAUCCGAUCACGAGUCCUUCGUUCAUAUUCAAUUUUCGGGUGGAAUCGUGAAUUUACAGGCGGAUUUGAGGUGGGGGAUGCGUUAACCUGAGAUCGACUAUCGCAUAAAAAACAUAAGAAGAGAGGAGAACUUCAGUGGAUUGGGUCACCAGCAUGGGAUCGCCCAGCCGCAGUCGGAGCCGUAGCCGCAGUCGGAGUGGUGACAGCCGCAGCCCGUCCCCCAAGAGGCGUAGUCCCACGGCCAGCCGUAGUCCCAGUCCACUCAAGCCCAAGGAAGGUAAGACCACCCGCUCCCAAAGUCGGAGUCCCCGUUCGGCCAGUGUUGAUUCAAAGGCCUCCAAGCGGUCGCGAUCCAAGUCCAGAUCGCCCAAGGAAGAUUCUCGUGCCAAGCGUGCCAAGUCCCGGUCUCGGUCCCGCUCCCGUUCCAAGUCCAAGUCGAAAUCCAAAUCGAGAUCCCGAUCCCGCAAGCGAUCCCCAUCGCGAAGUCGAUCCCGGAGCCGUCGCCGAACCCGAUCCCGAUCUGCUAGUCGAGAUAAACGCGGCUCAGGCUCUCGCAGCCGAGAUCGUCGCCGUCGUAGUCGUUCUCGCAGCCAGGAUCGACGUCGUCGAAGCCCAUCGGAUGAGGGCCAUCGCCUCCACGUGGCUGAUCUCGAGGCCAAUGCCUCCAAGCGAGACCUGGAGAAGAUCUUUGGCAAGUACGGUCCGCUGAAAGAGAUCUGGAUGGCUCGAUCCGUGCCCUGCUUCGCUUUUGUCGUCUACCGUCACAAGGACGAUGCGGAAGAGGCCGCUCGAAUGGCGGAUGGUGUGGAUAUCGAAGGGCGCCGAAUCCGAGUCUCGUUUGCUCGCGCUCGCACAAAGGGUCAUGGACGGCGAGGGUUUGAUCCCAAUAUGAGAUGCUACCAAUGUGGAGAUCGUGGGCACUUUUCGCGCGAUUGCGGCGAAUCCAAAUAUGGGUACAAACGACCCCCUAGUCCUGGAGGAAGAAACCGUUUUGGCGGCGGAGGCGGAGGAGGCGGACGGGACCGAGAUCGCUUUGGAGGAGGAGGAGGAUCUCGUCGGGAUCGUUACUGAUCACUGCUUGGCGUCAGCACAGCAACAACAGCUCCGAUGAUUGAGCGGCAUUGUCACAAUCUACCACAUUUAGUAGCACCCAAUCUAUUUCGAACAGAUCUCUUGCUUUCAUUUGGAUCCCCACUCCCUUGUCAAAAUUGUGCCCGCUAACCAUGGUUCUGCUCUCGGAAAUGCAAGUCCGUUUCCCAGGGUCGCCCCAAUUUGUCCGGGGCGGCUUGGAACAAAUACCCACGUCGUUUCAUUGAUUCAUUGCACCCGAUCAAGCCCCGUCUCCCCAUGAGCCCUCUUGGAAUUUGCUGUUGAAAAAACGGAAAUCAAUCCCUCUUGUAUCGACAAUAAAUUGGUUCUCUUGCAAGAAA